AUGGCGGUAGGAGGGAAGUUUGAAUGUUGUAUUAAUGAGCAGACGCCGUUAUUAAGUAUUAAAUCCUCAAAUACAAAUGGACAAUUUCAGGCCACUCAGCUCUGGUAUGAGAUUAUUAACCAUCUUAGGCAGCAUGCUGAUGUUGGAAGAAAGCGUUACCUACUAAAGCAUUAUGAUAAUGUCUUUACUGGAAGUAAUGCAGUAGACAUUGUUUUUGCAUUUCUGCAACAUAAAGAAUCUGAACUCUUGGUUCAAAAUUUUGCAAGGGAGAAUGCUGUAAAGGUUUGUCAGGCAUUAAUGGACUCUCAGAUUUUUGAACCUCUAGUAGGCAAAGGACAAUUUGAAGACUGCAGUACCAAUUUCUACAGGUUUUUAGAGAUAGAAUCAUGGCAAUUUAGCCCGCUUUUUCAUGGAGGAAAUGAAAAGUCCAGUGAUGUAGAUACAGAUCAAAAUUCUGGUGUGUACAAUUCCAAAUAUAACUUGUCAACCUCACCCAAAAUGACUCCAACAAAGACUCAAGGAACAUCAUUUAAGAGACGUGCUGCCUCACUGGACCCUGAAUCUAUGGUGAAAUAUUCAAAACCUUCAGUGAUGGAAUCUUCCAGACGAUCUCCAUUGUCAUCUCUUCACAAUAAUUUCAAUAAUAAGUCUCCCCAAGCUUCCUCCAGCACCUGCCAUGCUUUGAGUCGAAGGCAUAGCUUUACUUUUUCUCUAAAAUCAGGAUUUAAAGACAAAUGUACUGAUAAGUUAAGGGAUUUUCUGCAGCCCCAACCAACAGUAAAGAUAAAGAAUAAUUUUUUAACACGGAAUAGUUUACGUGCUUCAUUAGCACGACUACGGCCUCGCAUGACAACCAGAGAUCAUUCUUCCAAUUCACAACCUACUCUUCAGCUUACUAGUCAGAAUUUGGCUUCAUAUGAUGCACAUCAGAAAGUUCAGGAUCACGUAAGAGAAGCAGCCUUAAGCCAUCUGUUAUCUUUGAUUGAUGUUCCAAUAUUAGAGCCCAUAAUGAUGACUUGUUAUGACCUCCCAAAAGUAUGUUUAAAAACUGAAUCUCCCAUCUUAGAAAACCGAAGGGUGAACUUAGCUAUUAAGCCUACUAUGCGACAAGACUUGAAACGAAUUCCUUGGGUGAAAGAAGCAACAGCCUGUACUAAUGGACCUCCUGCUGGUAUUGAUAAAUUGUGGUCAGCUCAGGCAUGCAAACAGCACUGUUAUCAAACAGUAGUAGAGUACUACCAAAGCUUGCCAUCUGUCAUUCUCCCUGAUUCAUUCUUAGACAUAUACAUAGCUAUUGUGCAUCUUCUCAAAGAAAAUAAACUUCAUCGAGCACAAAAAGCAUUACAGCUCCUUAUGAUGGUUCUACCGUGGCAGCGUCGUCUUCAACUGCACAAGUUACUUCAGUUUCUCAAGCUGGUCUCUGGUGAUAUAUUUGUUGCUGUUGAUAAAGAGAUAUCUAACCAUAAAGCCGUCAUUCGAGACUUCUCGGGUUCUGUGCUAUCACACUCUCUGAUACCUCAGGAUCACAGUCACAUCUUCCUGGAUUUUUGUAUCUCCAAGACACCAUUGAUAUUCUCUGUACCUCAUCUGUUAAACUCUCAAUCCAUACUUAAAGGUCCAGUUUUCUGUCAGCAAGUCUCAGAGAAAGUCUUCAGGGAACAUCAUAGUAUUAUAACCACCCAGGCUUUGCAACAACUGCUGUCAACAAUCCUAAACAGCAGUCAGGUUUCAGAGAAAGAGAAAAAGGCCUGGCUUAAGAAGUUUCAGAAGGCUCACCCUCGAGAAUAUAAUUUGUGGCUUCUUCAAACUCAUGAUUCAGUUUUUUAAAAAAGUCAGCCUCACAACCUUUUUUUUUUCUUUUUUUUUAACUAAGUCAAACAUAUCCAGCACUGAUAUAAAAAAUGGAGUUAUGGCUCAAAGUUUGAACCACUAGAAAUGAGGUUCAAAUUAAUCUCAAAGGAUAUGCUAAAAUAAAACACAUAAUUAAACAGUGUAUUGGGUAAGGAGACACUGACAGAAAUAACAUGCUUUUUUUCUACUAAAGAAAAUAGCAUGUAUAUUCAGUAUAUUUUAAUGAUUGCUUUGAUUUCUUAUAAAAAAUUUGAUCUAUUGUGAUCUUAAAUAUACUUUCAGAGGUGUGAUACAGAUAUGCAUCUUUUAGGAUUGUGAUUUUAUCAUCUUAGUGUUGAAUAUUUUUCAUGAUGUAAGUAUAAACUAAGAUGAAUAUUCUUGCAGAUAGAUUACAAGUAUUUACACAGUUUGUGACUAUGCAAAAAAACUGAACGAUGUAAAUGUACAUAAGUUAGAUCAGACCAGUAUAUUGAUAAUUCUUAAACCUCUUUUUUUAAAUAAAACUUACAGUAAUAUGUACAAGGAUGUGAAUUCAAAACUUGUUUACUAUUAUGUGAUAUGUUAGGGAUAUGGGCCCAAAAAUUAAUGUUACAAAUUUUUUUUUAACGUAGAUAUAUAUAUAUAUUUGUAAAUA